UGCUCAAUCCACGCAGGAGAGGGGAAACUUCUUCCCUUGUUGCUGCGCUCUGCUCACUUCUACCUACUGACUAGCUAAGGUGAUCUCGGAAUAACUGGCAGCAUGUUCGCUCCUUCACCCUCAGUGGCUGGCAGCGGCACCAUUUCCCAAGAGAGGGAGGAAGUAUCCACCGCGCGAGGUUUCGACCCAGCCGAAGAUCCGCCCAAGGUACGGACGGAGUACGCCAGGCGGCCAGACAUUCAAGCGAGCACACCCAGAAAGGACAGAGAGGCAGCAGACAAGAGCCAGCAACCUGCGCAGCAGCGAAGUCCAGAUCGUCCUCUGACUGGCCACCAGCUCGUCCGCCCUGCCCCAUGCAGGGCAACGGGUGGAGAGGGGGGGAGGAAGGAGAACGUGUCGCGCGGUCUGACGCUUUGGAUCGCGGUCCGCGGAACCUGGGAUGAUGCAUCAAUGCAUUUGUUCGAAUGUUCCAUGCGCUCCGUCGUCAUCCGGUUGUUCGUCACACUGGAGAUAAAUGUGUAGUUUGUCUGUAGGUAGGAUCUGUUUUUUUUUUUUUUUUUUUUUUUUUUU